UUAGGGUUCACUCCACCUCCAGCUACAGCUACAGGGAGGAUAAAGUCGUGUCGUGCGUCUCUGGCAUUUCCACCAAACCAUUUAGUGUACGGAAACGUUUCUUCUCCGAUCGGUCAAAGACACAACAAUUUUCGAAAUUAAUCCUCUGUUUCAUUCCUCUGCUUCAUCAUUUGUACAACUUCAAUUUCAUUUCUUGUAUUUUCUCGGAUAAAAAUCUCACCUUUAAACUUAUGGGAAAGCCAACGGCGAAGAAGAAGAAUCCAGAGACGCCAAAAGAUGCUUCCGGCGGCGGCGGUGGCGCUGGCGGAGGCAAGUCAGGGAAGACUUACCAUCGUUCUACUUCGAGGGCUUUUGACGAAGAUAUGGAGAUUUUCAUUAGCAGAGCACUUGAGCUCAAAGAAGAAGGCAACAAGCUGUUCCAGAAACGCGACCACGAAGGAGCCAUGUUGAGUUUCGACAAAGCCUUGAAGCUCUUGCCUAAGGAACAUAUCGAUGUAGCUUAUCUGAGAACCAGUAUGGCUUCUUGUUAUAUGCAAAUGGGAUUAGGUGAGUAUCCGAAUGCGAUUAGCGAAUGUAAUUUGGCAUUGGAGGCUUCUCCUAGGUACAGUAAGGCUUUACUUAGGCGUUCUCGGUGUUACGAGGCUUUGAAUAAGCUAGAUUACGCGUUUAGGGAUGCUCGUAUUGUUUUGAAUAUGGAACCGGAGAAUGUCUCUGCAAACGAAAUCUUUGAUAGGGUGAAGAAGGUGUUGGUGGAUAAAGGUGUUGAUGUUGAUGAAAUGGAGAAGAGCUUUGUUAAUGUUCAGCCUGUUGGUGCUGCUCGUUUGAAGAAGAUUGUUAAGGAGAGGUUGAGGAAUAAGAAGAAGAAGAAGAAGAAGAGCGGUGGAAAGGAUGAGGAACUGAAGAUCAACAGAGGUGUGAUUGAGAGUCCAAAGCUUGUUGACAAGGCAGACGAAGCUGUGAGCAGUGAUAAGCCAAAGGAGGUUAAAAGCGAUAAGUUUGAGAUUGAUGGAAAGACUUGCGGCAAUAGAGAAGAUAAGAAAACAAGUUUCAAGGGUGAUAAAGGACAGAAAAAGAAAAGUGGUGGUAAUAAGGCUGGAGAAGAGAGGAAGCUGGAGGAUAAGGUUGUUGUCAUGGACAAAGAGGUCAUUGCCUCUGAGAUUGUUCAAGGCGGAGGAAACACAAAAGAAGAAGCAACGGUUACUAGGACUGUCAAGCUGGUACAUGGAGAUGAUAUAAGGUGGGCACAACUGCCGCUGGAUUCUAGUGUUAGACUUGUAAGAGACGUAAUCAGGGAUCGCUUUCCUGCUCUUAGGGGUUUCCUCAUUAAAUAUAGGGAUACAGAAGAAAAGUUCCAAGAAAUGGGUGCACUAGCUUUGUUUAACUGGGGUAACGUUCACAUGUCAAAGGCAAGGAAGCAGGUCUGUUUUCCUGAGGAUGCCUCGAGAGAAGCUAUAAUAGAAGCAGUUGAGGCUGCAUUCGUGUGGACAAAGAAGGAGUACAACAAAGCUGCAGAGAAAUACGAAGAAGCGGUUAAGGUUAAACCUGAUUUUUACGAAGCUCUUCUAGCACUUGGGCAAGAGCAGUUUGAGCAGGCAAAGCUUUGCUGGUAUCAUGCACUCAAAAGCAAGGUAGACUUAGAAAGUGAGGCCUCCCAGGAGGUCCUGACGCUCUAUAACAAAGCUGAAGAUAGUAUGGAGAGGGGUAUGCAGAUUUGGGAAGAAAUGGAAGAACGUCGUCUAAAUGGAAUCUCCAAGUUAGAUAAACAUAAAAACAUGUUGCAGAAGAUGGAGUUAGAUGAAUUAUUUAGCGAAGCUUCAGAAGAAGAAUCUGUGGAGCAGGCAGCUAAUAUGAGUUCUCAGAUUAACCUCUUGUGGGGUUCGCUGCUAUAUGAACGCUCUAUUGUGGAGUACAAGCUCGGAUUACCAACUUGGGAUGAAUGUUUGGAGGUUGCAGUGGAGAAAUUUGAACUAGCUGGAGCUUCUGCAACUGAUAUAGCUGUGAUGAUAAAGAAUCAUUGUUCAAGCGAGGGUGCACUUGAAGGUAUGGGAUUCAAGAUUGAUGAAAUAGUACAAGCAUGGAAUGAGAUGUAUGAUGCCAAGAGAUGGCAGAUGGGUGUCCCAUCUUUCCGGCUAGAACCAAUUUUCCGGAGACGUGCCCCAAAACUGCAUGAUAUCUUAGAGAAUGUAUUUUCAGGGCCUGCUUGACCAAAAUAUUCUUCUCAUAUACACAUAAAAAUAUCAGAUUUUGUGUAUCACUAGGCAUUUUGUUUGUUUGGGUGGGAGUGGGUGUGCAUUCUUUUCUCCUCUAUAUUGGUAUGGUUUUGUCAUUUUUCCAAAGGAACAUUUUUUUGGGAUUUCCACGGGGAUAUAUACUCUUGGCCUCUGCGGUUUUGAUGUAGUGGCUGAGACUGAUUGGGAUUCAGUCCAGAGAAGAAGGUUUAGAUGGGCUAAUCCUCUUCUCUUCAGAUUGAUUCAAAAUAUUGGUUAUUUGUUCUUCUUUGUUUUGUUUUAUACCAUAGCUUUGUAUUUUUUUUUGUUGUUUAUUGUUGUUAAAUUGGAUUAGUUUAUAUUUAAUUUGUGAUUGUUGUGUGAAUAUCUGCGUCGCUUGAAAGAUUCAGACUUCAUUGUGAUU